UCUGCAGAGUCCACAACAGCGUCCACACCUCGGGCAACGGAAGCUUCUGCAGAGUCUACAACAGCGUCCAUACCUCAGGUAACGGAAGCCUCUGCAGAGUCUACAACAGCGUCCACACCUCAGGUAACGGAAGCCUCUGCAGAGUCUACAACAGCGUCCACACCUCAGGUAACGGAAACUUCUGCAGAGUCCACAACAGCGUCCACACCUCGGACAACGGAAACUUCUGCAGAGUCUACAACAGCGUCCACACCUCAGGUAACGGAAGCCUCUGCUGAGUCUACAACAGCGUCCACACCUCAGGCAACGGAAGCUUCUGCAGAGUCUACAACAGCGUCCGCACCUCAGGCAACGGAAGAUUCUGCAGAGUCUACAACAGCGUCCGCACCUCAGGCAACGGAAGCUUCUACAGAGUCUACAACAGCGUCCACACCUCAGGCAACGGAAACUUCUGCUGAGUCUACAACAGUGUCCCCAACGCAGGCCACAGAAGCCUCUGCAGAGUCUACAACAACGUCCACACCUCAGGUAACGGAAGCCUCUGCAGAGUCUACAACAGCGUCCACACUUCAGGUAACGGAAGCCUCUGCAGAGUCUACAACAGCGCCCACACCUCAGGCAACGGAAACUUCUGCUGAGUCUACAACAGUGUCCCCAACGCAGGCCACAGAAGCCUCCGCAGGGUCUACAACAGUGUCCACACCUCAUGCAACGGAAGCCUCUGCAGAGUCCACAACAGCGUCCACACCUCAGGCAACGGAAGCCUCUGCAGAGUCUACAACAACGUUAACGUCCACACCUCAGGCAACGGAAGCCUCUGCAGAGUCUACAACAACGUCCACACCUCAGGCAACGGAAGCCUCUGCAGAGUCUACAACAGCGUCCACACUUCAGGUAACGGAAGCCUCUGCAGAGUCUACAACAGCGCCCACACCUCAGGCAACGGAAACUUCUGCUGAGUCUACAACAGUGUCCCCAACGCAGGCCACAGAAGCCUCCGCAGGGUCUACAACAGUGUCCACACCUCAUGCAACGGAAGCCUCUGCAGAGUCCACAACAGCGUCCACACCUCAGGCAACGGAAGCCUCUGCAGAGUCUACAACAACGUCCACACCUCAGGCAACGGAAGCCUCUGCAGAGUCUACAACAGCGUCCACACUUCAGGUAACGGAAGCCUCUGCAGAGUCUGCAACAGCGUCCACAUCCCAGGCAACGGAAGCGUCUGCAGAGUCCACAACAACGGCCACACCUCAGACCACCGAACCUGCAGCAGAACCUACUAAGAUCCCAGAGACCACCUCUUCCAAAGCAUUCAGCUGUACCGGGAAGGAGCCCGACCUGUACCCGGAUCCCGAGGACUGCACGAAGUAUUACGAGUGUGUUGUCGGGUUUGCCGAUCCCUUCCACCGCUCGUGUGCUCCGGGCGGACCCGUAUUCGACCCGGAGAAGAAGUACUGCGACUGGCCCGAAAAUGUCGCUCUGCCUUGCGGGGUCUUGGCAGAUGUUCCAACCCAUGCCGAGGAAGAUGCUGUAGCCACAUUCACGUGUGAAGGAAAAGCACCAGGCAUCCACCCCGACCCUGAGAACUGUGACAAGUUUUACCAGUGCGUACCCGGACAUCCCGGGCCUUACCAGCGAGACUGCCCGCCCGGGGGUCUGGUCUUCGACUUGGAGCUGCAGGUCUGCAAUUGGCCCUGGGCGGUGUCGGCGCCUUGUGGGACGUUGCCCACAGAAUUUCGAAACCGCCAGUGAUCAGUCACAGAGGGAAAAUUACAUCCAACUGGUUACUAUAGCAACGCCAACAUCACUACAAUAAUGAUUACAAUCAAAUUGAAUAGUAUUUGUAAAAUUCUUACUUUUGAUAAGUUGUGACGAAAAUGUUUCUGGUGCUUGUAAAGUACGAUAGUGUAAAUAAAUAAAGUAUUGCAUCAAAUGCAAUGUUAUUUAUGUACGUCGUUUUGAAGGAACAUUCAGUAAAGAAUUUUAAUGGAACGAAGCCAUGCUCGCUAACGUUAUUUGAGUUGGAAUUGUAAGCAAGCAACUUACAUAUUGAGGCAUUAAACCUUACUACUAUGUAA